CAUUUGAGUAUACUGAUGUCUCUUUAUCUCCUCAGACUUCUACACACGUUUGUUUGAUAACAGACUUUUGCCCUGGAGGAGAAUUGUUUGCCUUGCUUGACAAGCAGCCAAUGAAACUUUUUAAAGAGGAAUCUGCAAGGUUCUAUGCAGCAGAAGUUGUCAUUGGCUUGGAGUAUCUCCAUUGUUUAGGAAUAAUUUAUCGUGACCUGAAGCCUGAAAAUAUCUUGCUCCAGAAGGAUGGGCAUGCCAUGCUAACUGACUUUGAUUUAUCAUUUAUGACAUCAUGUGAACCACAAAUUAUAAAGCAUCCCCUACCCAGUAAUAGGAGGAGAUCCAGGAGUCAACCACCACCAACAUUUUUUGCAGAACCUGUCACACAGUCGAACUCUUUUGUUGGAACUGAAGAAUAUAUUGCUCCUGUAUGGUGAAUCUUUAGUCAUGCUAAGUUUUAAUU